UUUCCCCACUUCUUUUCUUUCCAGCGCUAGUCCUGUCCUGGCAAUUGGAAUUGGUAUCGAUAAAUGUUUAAUAAUUGUGCGUUUUUCCUCUAGGACGCCAUUGAAGAGUAAAGAAAGCUUUACAAACAAUGUGGGCAAAGCUGAAACAAUCUAUGUCAGGAGACGACGACGACGACGGGGGAGGAGGCGACGCUUUAUUGGACGAUGAAUCCGACAACUUUUUCUCUCUUUCUCAAACUCAGAGAAUUUAUGCAUUCGCUGCGUGUUUGCUCGCUGGAUUGGUUUGUAUGUUCCUGUCGAUGAUUGUCUUCACAAAACCAAUCAAAUUUGCCUUGUUAUUCACCUUUGGCAAUGUUUUGGCAGUUGGAAGCACAGCCUUCCUUAUUGGCGCUGGGAAACAAAUGAGAAUGAUGUUUGACUCCGCCCGAGUUUAUGCAACGGCUAUUUAUCUUGGAUGUGUUGUUCUAGCACUCAUCUGUGCUCUUUGGAUACAUAGCAAGAUUUUAACAAUACUCGCAGUCAUUGUCGAGAUCUGUGCCCUUGUUUGGUAUAGUUUGAGCUACAUUCCUUUUGCUCGGAGAAUGGUGUCUGAAUUGAUGAUCCGUUUAUGUGACACCGAGCUUUAGACGAUGCAAUUGAAGAUGUUCCUUUUGUUAACAAGAAGAGUCUUGAUUUUAUUUUUUUUUAAUCCAAUUCUCUCUUUUCUUUUUCUCAUCUUUGGGAUCAAUUAAAUAUUUGAGUGACAGGGAACUUGUACUCCGUAUUCCAAUAUCUGCUUCUCUUCUUGAUGACGAAUUGUUCCCCGAGUUGACGAACUUUUUUCUGGUUUUUUUGUUAAAAUUUCUUUUGGGGUCGAGCAACUUCUACAGGUAAAACUGUGUUACAGAGAAAUGUUCACUAAAGAGAGGGUUGUUAGGGAGAGAUUGUAGAAUGAUUUUGUUUUGAGUAUGGAAAUAAAUGCUAUUUUAGGAAGCAUUUAUAGAAUAUGUGAUUUGUUUUAGAAAUGGUGUUGUAAUUGUUUUCUUUUAAAUUGUGCUUUGUAGUUAAAAGCGAUAUUGUGUUGGGUUAUGACUGAAAUUAUGUGGAAUAUUAUAUAA